AUGCCAAAUGCAACCAUGUCCAGUCGAAACUUGACUGAUUUGCGACCAGUUAAGAGACGACGUCUCCAACGUGAAAUCGACACCAUUCUUUCGGAGUCCGAUGGAACAAUCGAGGACCACCAGCUUUGCGACCAUUUGAUCGACACCACUACGGAUUCAAAUAAAAGGCUCAGAUCCGAACUCGCAGAAACUCGAGGGAAAUUGGCAAGAGUUCAAAGAGACUACGAUGAACUGGAAUCUGAUCACUCACAGUGUCCCUACUGGAUUCAGAGGAACGAGUCUCUUGCUACGACUUUGGAUAAUCGUUGCGAGAAGCUCGAGAAAGAGAAUGAAAGACUCCAAAAUACUUGCGAUGAGUUGACCUCUGAAAUUCGACAUCUUCGCACUCAAAACUGCGAUGAAGUCGACAAUAUGGAUAGGGAGGGGCAGGAUAAUAUUCAGCAAUAA